CCAGACAUCGAAAGCCAAAACCGAAAACCCAGAAUUAGUACACAGAAAGAAAGAAAGAACCAAAACAUACACACAAUCAGAAAUUGCCUUCAAAAACGACACUUUUGAGUUUUACUUACAGUAUAAACAUACACGCACAGAGAGAAAGAAAGAGAAUAGUUGAGAGAGAGACAGUUUUGUUUAUGUAAAUGCAUCAGAAGAAAUCUGGCAAACAACAAGAGAUCGGAAACCUAAGCAUCGACUGCUUCAACAAAACCACUUCUCCAUAUCUCUUUUGCUCUCAAUUCAAUCACCAAAGCUACCUUGAAUCAACCCCACAAAACAGGGUUGAUUUUCCCCUUCCAAACAAGCCUAAUCUCACCAUCCGAGUCCCAUUCCCACCCAUAUCACCAAACCCAUCACCACCGCUACCAGCAUCAGUACCAACACCAACAAUAACACCAACCCAUCAUCAUAAACAACCCGACUUUCACCAUCAUAAACCCUCCUUCUCCAAUAACCCAUCUCCAACUCAUGCCCUUCUCUCGACUCCCCAUAAGCGGCCUAUAAUGACCCACAAUUCUCUUCCUCAUUCCCCAACUCUUUCUUCUUUCAAAAACCACCGCCGUGACCAUUGCAGAACGGUUGAAAGAUUACCUCUUUUUCGGUAUUUUUCUUGUUCUGCUUGUUUCGCUAUUCCUUUUGAUACUCAACAACUGGGUAGGAAACUUGUUCAUCAUUUGAACCGUGGCCGCUUGCUUUGUUUCCACUUGCGUUUUCUUGUUUUGCUUUCUCUCCCUUCGCUUUACUUUUUGGUUUCCGAUCCUCGGCGGUUUUUCGUGUUGAAUUUUCUUGCUUUGCUUGCUUUCUCGGUUACCCUUUUGGUUUCUCUUAACCUUGCACUCCCUCGCUUGCCCUCGAUUCGAUUUCUUGCUCGUUCACUACCUGCUAAGUUUAUUCAACUAGGUUCAUCUUCUAAAUCUUCAAAACCUGUUGUUUGGUCAAUUGGAUCAAAGCCAAAAUCGGAGAAGAAAGCGAAUUCGGGAACUUGGGUGCAGGUUUACAGUAAUGGGGAUGUAUAUGAAGGUGAAUUCCAUAAAGGGAAAUGUUCAGGGAGUGGGGUUUAUUAUUACUGCAUGAAAGCAAGGUAUGAGGGGGAUUGGAUUGAUGGGAAAUAUGAUGGUUAUGGUGUGGAAACUUGGGCCAAAGGGAGCCGAUAUCGCGGUCAAUACAGGCAGGGAUUGAGGCAUGGAAUUGGAGUGUAUAGGUUUUAUACAGGUGAUGUUUAUGCUGGUGAGUGGUCUAAUGGGCAUUGUCAUGGAUGUGGUGUGCAUACUUGUGAAGAUGGCAGCAAAUAUGUGGGGGAGUUCAAGUGGGGUGUAAAGCAUGGGCUUGGCCAUUACCAUUUCAGAAAUGGGGACAUAUAUUUAGGGGAAUAUUUCGCGGACAAGAUGCAUGGAUUUGGGGUUUAUCAAUUUGGGAAUGGACACCGGUAUGAGGGAGCCUGGCACGAGGGAAGAAGGCAGGGAUUUGGCACAUACACUUUCAGAAAUGGUGAGACACAAUCUGGUCACUGGCAACAUGGGGUUCUUAAUGUUCACAGCACACAAAGCAUCCAUCUUGGAUCCCCCCAUGCUGUCACUCGAUCUAGAGUCCUUAAUGCUGUUCAGGAAGCGCAGAGAGCAGCGGAGAAAGCUUACAGCAUUGCAAAGAUCGAUGAGAGAGUAAAUAAAGCUGUCUCAGCUGCAAACAAAGCAGCCAAUGCUGCCAGAGUAGUAGCCGUGAAAGCCGUCCAAAAAAGAAUGCAUCAAGACAACAGUGAUGAUCCUCCAACUUCAAUCGUCUAAUACAAGGACUCCAAAUGGUGCUGUGGUUUAUAAAUUCACUAUAUGGCGUCUUUUUUUAUCUUGUCCAUUAUAAUAUUGUCCUAUUAUAAGAAAUGAUUAAAGUAAAAAGUUACCUGCUUGGAACCAUGUUUCAAUCAUUGAAGAAGGUGGUUGAUCAUGGAGCAAGAAAUGGGCCUCCAUUUUUUUUCCUUUUUGUGUAAUGGCUUGAGUAACGUAUAUAGGCUGAGUUCAUGAGUGAAGAAUGGCACUAAGGUGCUUUAAAGAGCCUGCAACUAGUCUCGUUUUCCUCUUGUAAAUGUUGUUAGUAGCUUCUGUAUAUCCCGGAAGUCUGGAUAAAACCGUCCAGUCCGGUCCAGUCCGGUCAGCUUCAUAUGUACUGCGGUUAAUGUGAAUAACCCAUAAGAUUGUUAUAACGCUAUUUUUUUGGACUCCA